CUGUAUACACCUAAGCCUCUACUACGCCGGUAGUGACGUAGCACACCGGAACAGGAAGUACCACACAGGCGGCGUGCGUGGAGAAGCCGUAGUAAAAAUUAAAAAGGCUCAGCCAUGGCAGGCAUUUUGUUUGAAGACAUAUUUGAUGUGAAGGACAUUGACCCAGAAGGAAGGAAAUUUGACAGAGUUUCUCGUCUGCAUUGUGAAAGUGAGUCUUUCAAGAUGGAUCUGAUUCUGGAUGUGAAUAUCCAGAUAUACCCUGUGGAGUUGGGGGAUAAGUUCCGGUUAGUUAUUGCUAGCACACUGUACGAGGAUGGGACGUUGGAUGAUGGUGAAUACAAUCCCACGGAUGAUCGCCCCUCCAGGGCUGACCAGUUUGAAUAUGUCAUGUAUGGGAAGGUUUACCGAAUAGAGGGCGAUGAAACAUCAACAGAAGCUGCCACUCGCCUGUCUGCAUAUGUGUCAUAUGGGGGACUACUCAUGAGGCUUCAAGGAGAUGCCAAUAAUCUUCAUGGUUUUGAGGUAGAUUCUCGCAUUUACCUGUUAAUGAAGAAACUUGCUUUCUGAUUUGUGGAAAAGCCUGAAUGCAGAUGGGGUCGUGCAGCGUUGGAUUUGAAGCCCGUUAUGAUGAACUGAUUUCAUUUCUCCUCUGGUUUUAUAUUUAAUAAAAUAUUUUUUUAGUAUGUUGUUUCUUUUGAAAAUAAGGAAUAGGUGAUGAGUGAGAUCCAAGUUUACUGAGGACGUCCAUGCAGUCCUUAAAAUGUUACUGUACUAAGGGCUGUUAGGGAACAUACCGAGACAAAGAACAGUUAUCACGUCAGCACAGAUGGAAGAUUACUAUUCAUUUAUGAAUAAACGCUCAAACAAUGUGUACUUUUACAUGGAAUAGGCCAGCAUUGGGAGCAUGCAGAUGACUGAACAUUUUAACGUGCUGACUGCUCUCUGAUACAUGAACAGCCAGCUUGAGCAUCUGCUCCAAGAAGAGGCAGAUGCUUUUCAACUUCCUUUAUAUUAAGGAUGUGUUAUCCUGGGCCAGCUUUAUACCCUUUUUGCAAACGUUUACCUUUUAGUAAGAGGAGAAGCAGCGAGAGUAAAGCACAGUUUCAGUUGCGGAAACUGAUGUACCUUGCUUUCUCGAAAUUCCAGUAGCUAUUGAAUUUCAAAGCUUAAUUCACGUUUGGACUGUGUUUCUCCAAAGAAUAAACAAUGCAAAAUGACAUAUGUAAA